CUGAAAGAAAUACUUGACUUCCCCUUUAUUCUAUGAGGACUUCACGACUUUACUGACUACCGAAUUGUAGUCUACAUCUUGUUUGCCCGGUGUUUGGAAACGACGUCAACUAGGGUGUACUGCACGUACAAAUCUUAUGAAUUUCAUGUGCUAGAAUUUCAUGUGCGAGGGUGGCAGGUGAAUGUACUGUGGUCAGAUGUAUCAGUGGUUCACCGCUCAAAUUGUGAAUUUGUGACUGAGGUAACCUACAGUAUGGCAAAUCUUGAGUGUCCUGCAUUGCCGAAGGGUUGGCGACGCGAGGAGGUUAUUCGCCGAGGCGGCCUGUCUGCUGGCAAAGUUGACGUCUACUACUACAGUCCUGGAGGAAAGAAGUUUCGCAGCAAGCCUCAGCUGGCACGCUUCUUGGGUGAUGCCAUCGACCUGAGCACUUUUGAUUUCCGCACGGGCAAGAUUAACUCAUUGCUGCUGCGUAAAAGCCGUAGGCAGCGAGGCACUCAAUUUGACUAUAGUCGAGGCAUCCGCAAUGAUGCCUCUCUUGUGCCUCCUAUCCGGCAGACAGCCUCCAUCUUCAAGCAGCCAGUCACUGUGGUACGGUCGCAGGAAGGCAAAGUGCGCUCAGACUUCAAGCAUGGCCCCCCGGACAAACCAAAACAGCUUUUCUGGGAAAAGCGGUUACAAGGUUUGCAAGCAUGUGACCGGGAUCAAGAAGCCCUUCAAAGUUUUGAGCUUCCCAGGAACAUGAAAGGUGUGGGCCCCAACGUCAGCCAGGAGACCCUUCUUCGGAGCAUAGCCACAGCGCUGCAUAUGAGUGCCCAGCCUGUCACAGGACAGACUGGCUCACGUAGUGCACUCGACAAGCAUCCAGGCAUCUAUCUCAAUCCAGACCAGCCCCUGGUUCAGGCCCUGAAUGUAACUGAUGAAGACAUCCGGCGCCAGGAAGAGCAGGUCCAUCAUGCCAGAAAGAAGCUGCAAGAAGCACUGGCUGAUCUGCCUCCCUAACUUUGUGCUUUGUGUAGCCACGCUGCGCAGAGAGAAGCCAACAGUAAACAACAAUGGUGGCAAGGCUGCUAAUUUUGAUCCAUUUAUACCAGCAAGCUGUGGCAAAAGUGAAUAGGCCGUCAUCAAAACAGAUUCAUCCUCUCAUAACUACGAACACACUGUAUUAAAAGGCAGAAAAGAA